AAAUUGACAGCAAUCUUUUGAGAGAGAGAAGAAGAGAAAAAUGGAAGCUGUUGGCAGGACCCCAUUCACCUUCUCUUCACAGCUGCUUUCACCUCCUUCCCAAUUGCAGAAAACUGCCGUCUUCUUCUCUUCUUCUCCAAAGCAAAUCGCAAAGGAUUCCUUCAAAUCUCACAGGAUUUGUUGCAAGCUUCCCGAGAAUGAGGUUGGAGCGGCGCAAGGGUUUUCGACUAAAACGGAUGAGUACAACAUCGCCAUGAAGAAGCUGAUGAUGAACCCUUACGAGUAUCAUCACGAAUUCGGCAUGAACUAUACUCUGAUAACUGAGGAUCUUAUUGUUGGAUCCCAACCUCAAAAGGUUGAAGACAUCGAUCAUCUGAGGGAGGAAGAGAAUGUGGCGUAUAUUCUCAACUUGCAGCAGGAUAGUGAUGUUGCAUACUGGGGAAUUGAUCUUCGAUCUAUUAUAAAAAGAUGUGAAGAAGUUGGAAUCCGGCACAUGAGAAGGCCUGCAAAAGAUUUCGAUCCAGAUUCUUUAAGAAAUGGACUGCCAAAAGCUGUGUCCUCGUUGGAAUGGGCGAUUUCAGAGGGCAAGGGACGAGUGUAUGUUCACUGCACUGCUGGUUUGGGGAGGGCACCAGCCGUUGCAAUUGCUUAUAUGUUCUGGUUCUGCAAUAUGGAUCUAGACACAGCAUACAAGGCGCUGACUUCAAAGAGGCCGUGUGGACCUAACAGACGGGCUAUUCGUGGAGCAACAUAUGAUCUUGCCAAGAACGACCCUUGGAAGGAGCCUCUCGAUAGUUUACCUGAAUAUGCUUUUGAGGACAUUGCAGACUGGGAAAGACAACUGAUCCAGGAUCGUGUUCGUGCACUUCGUGGAACUUGAGAGUUGUCGGGUAUCCAGCGGAAGAUUGCACCGAGACGUAACACUAGUAUAUUGUAGACAUUCCAUGUGAAAAUGAUAUACACACGUUUAUUUAAAAUCUUGUUUUACAGCAAUUCUGCAGAUUUAAGGAUGCUGAAUUUGAACCUAUGCUCUCUUUAUUUUUCACACUUUAGAAAUACAUUUUCCAUAAAAGCAAUACAGCAAGACUUUUAUUUGUCUUUGUUGUAGCAAAUACUCA